GCUCUGCUGCAGCCCGUAGGAAAAGCCGCGUUGCGAGGAGUCAGCGCGCUGCCGGCAGAAGCGGUGUGACGGCGGGUCGAGACGGGUCCCGUAACGGAGCCGUGUAGAUACGUGGACAAAGAUGUAGAUGACAGAGAAGUGUUUUCUCAUUCUGGCUUGGAAUCAAACCUCUCAAGAGCAGACCAGGACAUUUCUCUGAGGAAAUGGAUUCACCUUCCCAAAAAUAUCCAGUCAAAAAGCGAGUGAAAAUUCAUCCCAACACGGUAACAGUGAAAUAUACAUCUCAUUAUCCCCAGCCAGGAGAAGAGGGAGAUGAGGAUGGCAAUGAAGACGCAGGGGUAUUUAUGGAGGACAGUCCAAAGACAAGACUACUGAAUGCUGGGAAAAACAGAGAAAGGACCUUUUUUGGUACGACAGACACACAGCUUCAGCCAGCACAGCUGCCCAAACCCAGUGAGACGGGGCAUUUCCAGAACUUUCCUGAAGGAAAUAUCCUGCAGUCAAGGAAAAUGUGGAUAGUCCUUUUUGGAUCUGCCGUGGCUCACGGAUGCGUGGCUCUAAUUACACGAUUAAUUUCUGAUCGUUCCAAAGUGCCAUCACUAGAGUUAAUUUUCAUCCGUUCAGUCUUACAAGUGCUGUCCAUUACUGCUGUGUGUUACUACCACGAGCCACCCUUUGGCCCCAGAGGGUACAGACUGCGGCUCUUCUUCUAUGGGGUCUGCAACGUUAUCUCCAUUACGUGUGCUUACACUUCUUUCUCUAUAGUUCCCCCCAGUAAUGGGACCAUUAUGUGGAGGGCUACCACUACAGUGUUCAGUGCCAUUUUGGCUUUUUUGCUAGUCGAUGAAGGAAUGGCUUACGUAGACAUAGUUACGGUAGUUGGCAGCGUGUUUGGUGUUUGUCUGGUCAUGAUCCCCAACAUCGUUAAGGAAGAAAACUCUCUGCUGAGCACCUGGAAGGAAGCUUUUGGCUACACCAUGACUGUCAUGGCAGGCUUGACCACCGCUCUCUCCAUGAUAGUCUACAGGUCAAUCAAAGAUAACAUCAGCAUGUGGACAGCACUGUUCACCUUCAGUUGGACAGGAACAGUAUGGGGAGCAUCCACCAUGUUCUUACUUCAGGAGCCAAUCGUCCCGCUGGAUGGAGAAACCUGGAGCUAUCUGCUCGCCAUCUGCCUGUGUUCCACAGCAGCCUUCCUGGGGGUCUACUACGCCUUGAGCAAGUUCCACCCUGCUCUGGUCAGCACUGUACAGCACCUAGAGAUAGUCAUUGCCAUGGUCCUGCAGCUCAUCGUGCUGCGCAUCUUGCCAGGUACUUACGAUCUUGUUGGGGGAGCAGUUAUUUUAGUUAGUGUUUUUUUCCUUGCAUGUUAUAAACUGUCCUGGAAGAAUUUAGGAAGGCAAGAUUAUCAGGAGAUUGUGGAUUCUUCCAUUAAAUGAACUGCGGUUUUGUUGUCCAGUUCUGGACAUGCGUUACUGUUGUAUGUGCUAUGUGUGCGACCACAUGAAAGUAACAUAUUCCAACUUUGUUGUGUCCUACUGUGCUGGUCAGGUCCUCUUUCUACUGUGUAACUUCACAGCUGAUGUAGCAACGUUGGUAUUUCCACACUUCUAUGACAGGUGAAUUUGUUCUAGCGCAUACAGUCACUGUUUGUCAUGUGAUGAAAGGAUAUUUGUCUCCAGCACGGGGGGUAGUGGAGCACAGGACAAGUUGUAGGCCUCUUCUGCCUCACUUACCCUGCUAAAGUAAUAUAGAGACAGAGGGAUCCACUAGCAUCUGUCAUUACUGUGCGCUGUGGUAGUAGGAAGAUGAGCACAAACAUUAAAAUGGUCAACCAGGGUGUCUGUAUCCUCUGUAACACUUCUUACACUUUGGCUGUAAUAUUCCAAAUGAAGUAAUGCUAAUAGUUCUGUGAUUAUCACUUGUGUUUCUGGUGUCUAUAUAAACAAGAGAAUGUAUCAGUAAAGCUUUUUGUGCUCUGUGGUCAGGCUUCUAUCUGAACUGACACAGGAAGCCCAGACCUCUAGAAGUGUCUUUCCCCCAUGCCCUUGAGUGGAUCUGCAGUUCUGCUACAGCUCUGAAAGAGAGCUCCAGGAAAAUUCCUGAUAAUAAAAGAUCUACCUAUGGAGCAGGGCAGUAUUCCUUCUCUAGAGCCACCUUCUCCAAAAGAGGUUUCAACUGUUAAGCAAGAGAGGGAAAAAUAAAAGCUGCAUUUGAGACUGA